AUGGUUGAGGAGGCGGAGAAAUACGCAGCGGAGGACAAGGAGAAGAGAGAGGCUGUGGAUGUGAAGAACCAGGCUGACUCCAUGAUCUACCAGACGGAGAAGCAGCUCAAGGAGCUUGCCGAGAAGGUUCCUGCGGAGCUUGGUCAAACGGUUUACUCUCAAGGAGGGGCCCCCGGUGCUGAUGGUGCUGCUCCUGGCGCUGGUGCCGGUCCUACACCCGGCAGUGCUGCUGGCGGCAACCCCAAUGAUGUGAUUGAUCCCGAUUUCACCGAUUCGAAAUGA